GUGCUUGUCGAACCACGUGGGAAGGAGUGCAUCUUUGAAGUAAAUAGCCGCACUGCUGUCUUUUUCACCACCGCCCAGCGAUAGAUAUUUUUGUUUUACGGUAGAUUGUUGGAUCAAAACAGACUGUGUAUUUUGUAGUUUUUUGGAUUCUAGACCAUGCCCCACGACCCUGACCCCCCUCCGGCAAAAAGAUUUAAGCCGGGGUCUCCUUUUUUUCGUUUGAAUAAAAAACCUGGGAUGUUGCUACCCAGAAAAGGAAACGCACCAUUGCCUAUAGACGUACAACGGAAACAUCUUCCUAUUUACCAGGCGAAAUCCCAGCUCAUCAGCCAACUCAGGCAGCUGCACAAUGCUGUCCUCAUAGGUGAAACUGGUUCGGGUAAGACUACACAGAUUCCACAGUAUCUUUACGAAGCUGGCAUUGGGCGACAGGGAGUCGUGGCAGUUACCCAGCCUCGCCGGGUUGCUGCGAUCUCGCUGGCAGCGAGGGUGGCAGAGGAGAAAAAAACCCAACUUGGAAAACUGGUGGGAUACACAGUGCGGUUUGAGGAUGUUACUUCCGCCGAGACAAAGUUAAAGUUCAUGACGGACGGCAUGCUGCUGAGGGAGGCUAUCGGUGACCCUCUGCUGCAGCGCUACACGGUGGUGAUCCUUGAUGAGGCGCACGAGAGGACGGUGCACACUGACGUGCUGUUCGGAGUGGUUAAGACGGCGCAGAGGAAACGGCGGGAACAAAACAAGUUCCCUCUGAAGGUGCUUGUAAUGUCGGCUACUAUGGACGUGGACCUGUUCUCCCAGUACUUCAACAAGGCCCCAGUUUUGUACCUGGAAGGCAGGCAGCAUCCCAUUCAGAUCUAUUACACCAAGCAGCAACAGUCAGACUACCUUCAGGCUGCGCUGGUAUCCAUCUUUCAGAUCCAUCAGGAAGCACCCCUGUCACAUGACAUCCUGGUGUUCCUGACCGGCCAGGAGGAGAUUGAGGCGCUGGCCCGCACGUGCCGUGACAUUGCCAAGCACCUCCCCGAAAACUGUGGGCCAAUGACGGUCAUUCCCCUCUAUGCCUCCCUGCCCCCAGUGCAGCAGCUGCGGGUCUUCCAGCCGGCCCCUAAGGGCUGCCGGAAAGUGAUCCUGUCCACCAACAUCGCAGAAACGUCGGUCACCAUUUCCGGCAUCAAGUUCGUAAUCGACACCGGGAUGGUGAAGGCGAAAAAGUACAGCCCAGGCAGCGGGCUGGAGGUCCUGGCCGUGCAGCGGGUGUCCAAGGCCCAGGCGUGGCAGCGCGCGGGCAGGGCCGGCAGGGAGGACAGCGGCCUCUGCUACCGCCUCUACACCGAGGACGAGUUUGACGGCUUCGCCAGCAUGACCGUGCCCGAGAUACAGAGGUGUAAUCUGGCCAGUGUCAUGCUGCAGCUUUUGGCUUUACGGAUUCCUGACGUCCUCAACUUUGACUUUGUGUCUAAACCAUCCCCGGAGGCCAUCUGCACUGCCAUCGAGCAGCUGGAUGUGCUGGGGGCCGUGGAGCGCAAGGACGACCAGGUGACGCUGACGCCGCUGGGGAAGAAAAUGGCCAGCUUCCCCCUGGAGCCCAGGUUUGCUAAGACCGUGCUCCUCUCUCCCGAGUUCUCCUGCGCGGAGGAGGUGCUGACCAUCGUGUCCCUCCUGUCGGUGGACAGCGUGCUGUACAACCCGCCAGCUCGGCGGGAGGAAGUCCAGUCCGUGCGCAGGAAGUUCAUUUCCAGCGAGGGCGAUCACGUGACCCUCCUCAGCAUCUACCGGGGCUUCAAAAAUGUGGGCGGAAAUAAGGAGUGGUGUCGGGAGAACUUUGUAAACAGCAGGAAUAUGGGGCUGGUGGCUGAGGUGCGCUCUCAGCUAAGAGAGAUCUGUAUUAAGCUGGGCAUGACGCUGGAGUCCUCGCGCGGCGACAUGGCGAACGUCCGGCGGUGCCUGGCCCACGGGCUCUUCAUGAACGCGGCGGAGCUGCAGCCGGACGGCGGCUACGUGGCCCUGGACAGUCACCAGCCGGUGGCCAUCCACCCGUCCUCCGUGCUCUUCCAGGCCAAGCCGGCCUACGUGGUGUUCAACGAGCUCCUGCAGACCUCCAAGUGCUACAUGAGGGACCUCUGCCUGGUGGACGCCGACUGGCUCCACGAGGCCGCGCCCGAGUACUUCCGCCGGAAGCUGCGGACCGGCAAGAGCUAGCCGCCGCGUGGCCCGGAAGCGCGGCGGCCAGACUCCACCUGGUCUCUGGUCAACUGCUGGAUCUGUACACUCGUUUUCUUAAAAGUUGGUUCACUGUGGGCCGUUGGGUCUGGUCAGAUAGACCUACAUUGUAGCAAGGCUAAUGGGGGAGAGAGAGGGGAAAAGAUGGAGUAGUUUUCAGGGCAGAAGCUCAUUGACUGGGUUUUCUUUGUCAUUGCCUUUAGGCUUCAUGUGUUAAGUUUCAGGGGUGGUUUGUGAUGGCUUACCUCUGCAGUUUCAGGACUAAAUCAAAUGAAUAUACCUCUGGUUAACCCUUCUGUUGCUGUUUUUAGUGUGCAGUAGGGCUGGGACUUUUUCAGAUUGAUACAUUGAUUAAUUUAUGGUGCAAGUCUUAUUUUGCAUGUAAUGUAGCAAAGUGAUUUCAUAGGGCAAGUUAUGCAGAAAAUUAUUAGAAAUUCGGUUAUGGAGACUAUUGUAAACUGGAUUGGUUAUUCUGAUUACAUCCAGCUUUCCUGCUAACUGCAUAAAAUAGGUAAAAAUGUGUUGAAUAUUUUUCAAAGUUUCCUUUGAAAACUGUGUAUAGUUUCCUAUUUUGGUUCCUUUUUUGGUUUCCACCAAAGAACAGCAGUGAAUGCACAUAUUAAUACUUAUGGGUCCAUUAAAAAAACCUAAGCUGGUGGACCAGUAAAUUUAUAUUUAAUGAUCCACCCGCUGUAAUAUGCGAAUCAUUUGUCCCAGCCCUAAGGUACAAUACAGUACAUUUUACUGCCUGUUUACAGUCUUGUAUCUGCUAAUUGAACGCUGCAGUACCAAAAUUUUGGAAUAUUUUCAAACAAUGUAUUGGUUGCUGUUCUUUUUCCGGAAUGUUCUAUCACAUGGUUUGGUACUCCUGACUACAACUUCAACAGUUCCUGUACCUGGCAAUGUCUGGUAGGACUGUCAACUCUGUAUGUUUUUAUUGCAGGAAACAGGAAGUCCUUUUCUUUUAAAAAGCUGAUUUAUUUCUUCUGUUAAUCUCCGCAACAGAACCACCUCAAACAUCAUCUUAUGUGUUGACGUUUGGCUCUGUAGGGUUUCAUUUGAGCUGACUGAGUAUUCACGUUUCUUCCUAAAUUGCGGAAACUCUUGGUGAAAUUGAACUAUGUCCAGACUAAAAAUUGGCCACUAACCCAAUGAUUUCUCAUUAGUCUUAUGAGCAUGUUGUCUCUCUUGGUCAGUGAAUGAGGUUAUGAGUCAGUACAGUGUCAUUUGGAGGAACAUGCCCACUGGAUUGUAGUGCACAAUGUUCUCAUGAGGAACCAGGAAAUGAUCGGGCUUCACUUUGAGUCAUCAAAUGCAUGUUAUUUUGUAGUUUUAUAGUUAAACUAGUUUUAGAAAAAAAGUGCUGAUGUUCACAAGUUUAGCCGCUGAUCUAGACAUGGCCUGACAUAUUUUAUCAGUGAAUUCAUAUUAGUAAACUUUGAGCACUGUUGCACAGUGCUAGUUUGUUCAAGUUUAUUGUAGAUAGAUGAUGCUAUGCAUGGACUAUGUGCUGUAGAGAUGAACCUCAGGUUUUUUGGUAAAUUUAAAUGUGGAGUAGGUGAUGGUAAAAAUUAUCUCCAUGGUACAUUGGCAUUCAAUGUGAUGCACAUUGGAAGAAAAGUUUUCUUUUGAAGAAUAUAUUGCACGCUGUCUUUAAACUUUUAUAUAUGUAUGAUUGGAAAAAUUAAAGCAAGGCCAAUUAGAGUAUGCGGCAGAACGUUUUUGCAGCAGUAAGAUUCUUCACUGAUGUAUAUCCGGACAAUUUUAUACAACUGUUUUACAGGUAUUUAUACUGUCUUCUAACUGAAUGGCAUUGCGAAUUAGAUUGAGUUUGUGCAUGCAUAGUUAAUAAUAAUAUAUUGACCUCUAGAUAUUUCAUAUUGAAAGGAUAAUUCCUGAAAUUUUGGAAACGUACAUCAAGCGAUUCCGGUAAUUGAGCAAUCUAAGGAGGACGCGUUUGUCGGCCAUACUAACGAUGACCACCACUGAAUUAAGCAGAGCCCAUUCGUUUGCAUGACAACCUAGGAUGUUUACCAUAAUAUUUUCAUAAUUAAAAAAACAUUGCAAUCACAGUCAUUGUCAAACAUAAUUGUAGUGAUUUCUUAAAAACAAGACCUUUACGUUAAAACCUCGGUAUUUAUUAAAAUGAUGCCAACUGUGGCUUCAGUAUCCUCUUAAACUGGAAAUCCAACAUUCUGCUUCAAUAAAUGAUUAUUCACAUAGCAUGAGUCCCCACUAAGACACUGACUCACAUUGAUUUACGCAAAACUAAUGAAACCUUGUCCCCACUGGCACCACUCCAGUUGUAAGCAGCACAAGAUUGUGGAAUCAAUAUUUAAAUUUGAUAUCCCACAAAUCCCCAGAAAAAUCUUUUUUACCAUGAUGUUAUCCCAUUGAAACCCCAUUUUAAGAUUUCCCACACACACUCAAUUCAUAGUCAUGACCAAACACUAAGAGGCCAAGACUGAGCUUUUAGUGUUGAGCAUUGAAGGGAAUUUCCGGUCGGUACAUAGAGUAUCUGUCCUCAUGCUUUGUCCAUGGCUGCUCGGAUGAAUUGUGUGUGGCAAGACGGCAGCAACAGAAUUUGUUGUUAGUUUGUCGAACUUGGUGCAAAAUAAUGCAGAAUAUAAUGGAGAAUGUUGCUUUGCAGUUGUAUGAGAUUUGGUCAGAAAACUUUGUAUCAUUCAUUUACAGUGUUUAUAAUAAACUAUUUCCACACCAACUUU